UCGGGAGCCAGUAAUGAGUAAUCUAGGCGCAUGUGCAAUCUUUUGUUUCCUGUUUCAUAGAGCAGUAGAAACGGAGGGCGUUUUUCAAACAUUUCACCGUUUUAACUGCUGGUUUUUCAAGGAACGUAAACAAUAACAUAUAAAGAUGGCGUUUAAAAUGCGACAGAGUAAAUUUCGACAUGUGUUCGGGACACCGCUUAAGAAGGACCAAUGUUAUGACAAUAUUAGGAUUUCAAAGAGUUCCAUAGAUUCCUUAUUCUGUGCUGUGAACCCAAAAUCUGUUGCCAUAGUAACAGAAGCAGCAGGAGGCGGAGCAUUCCUAGUCCUUCCAUUGGGCAGGACUGGCCGUGUUGAGAGGGACCACCCACUGGUGAGCGGCCACAAGGGAGCAGUGCUUGACAUCAAGUGGUGUCCCCACAACGACGAUGUGAUAGCCAGCUGCUCCGAGGACUGCAUGAUCAAGGUGUGGCAGAUACCAGAGGAAGGCAUCCUUACCACCAUCACCGAUGAUGAUGCCGUGGCCGAACUAGAGGGGCACACCAAACGAGUCUUCCGCAUAGAGUGGCACCCCUCAGCUCUCAACAUUCUUCUCAGUGCUGGUGCUGACAAUAAGAUGUUCCUAUGGAACGUGGGUUCUGGAGAGGCAAUGUGGGAGAUAGAGACCCCUGAUAUCAUCUUCAGCAUGGCUUUUAACUAUGACGGAACGCGGUUUGCAACCACCUGCAAGGAUAAAAUGCUGCGGAUUUUCAACACGCGUGAUGGUGACCUUCUGAAAGAGAACAAGUGCCAUGAUGGAUCCAAGCCGUCCCAGGUGGCCUACUUGAAAGACGAGAAAAUCUUCACCACUGGGUUUUCACGCAUGAGCGAGCGACAGUACGCCCUCUGGGAUAUGAACGACCUGUCCACCCCGAUGACCAUUGAGAUGAUAGACAACAGCAACGGUGUCAUCUUCCCUUUCUAUGACCAGGACACAGGCAUGAUCUUCCUCUGUGGAAAGGGUGACAGCCUGAUCCGCUACUAUGAGGUGACAGACGAGGCCCCCUAUGUCCACUACCUGAGCCUGUACCAGUCCAAGGAGGCACAGAGGGGCAUGGGCUCCAUGCCAAAACGAGGGCUCAAUGUGAACAACUGCGAAAUAGCUAGGUUUUACAAGCUUCUAAAUAAUGGUCUCUGUGAAGUUAUUCCCAUGACAGUGCCAAGAAAGUCGGAUCUGUUCCAAGACGACCUGUACCCUGACACAGCCAGCGACACGCCCUCACUGACCUGUGAGGAGUUCAUGGCAGGGGGCAAGAACAGUGACCCCAUCCUGAUCUCUCUGAGAGCUGGUUACGUGCCUUCCAAGAAGGAGAAAAUGUCCACAAUUAAGAAGUCAAAUGUCUUGGACACAAAGAAGAAAGAAGUGACAAAGGGUGGGCCCAGACAUUCUGCCCCUGCCCCUCAGGAGGCCAGCAACGGGGCCCCAGAGGUCAAAGAGGUUAACGCCCACCCACACCGGGCCUCUGCCCCUGCGGCAAGUCACACCCCUGCUGCAACAAAAGAGACUCACACUCACGCUUCACAUGCCCCCGAGCCUGUUAAGCCAGCGCCAGUUCAGACAUAUGCUGAGCCGGCCCCAGCGCCAGCACAUGUUGGACCAACACUGCCUCCUGACUUUGAUGCUGAGAAACUUAUUAAAGACGUAGUCGCCUUGAAAGCCGUCAUCAAAAAGCAGGACAAGAAGAUCGGAAUGCUGGAAGAAAAACUGCAGACGCUUGAAGCUUCCACUGAAAAUCGCAACAGCACUAUCGAUGAUGGCAAUGAUAGUGCUGAAAAAGUGGAAGAAAACGCUUAGGCGAGAUCAAGUCUGAAAAAAUACCCAAAGUCUUCACUGAUGGCGGCAUUUCAGAUCAGUGAAAUACCUCUGCUUAAGGCAAUAUGAAUUGAAGAGCUAGAAAAACUACACACAAUCGUAAACAUUAUGUCUAUUUUUCUUGCAGCAUUCAUUAUAAUAAAAUGUUACUUUAUUAAUUAACAUGACAUUUAUAAUGUCCUAUUUAUUAAUUAUUUUCACCUAUUAAUAAAAAUACCUAGUUCUGUAUGAAUUUUAAAAUAUUAUAUGAUUAAAUUCAAAAGGCCUACUGGCAAUUGUCCAAUUUAAAUCUCCAACAGUAACUUUUUAAAACAGUGCACUGCAAGGUGUUAUAUUCAGUACACUUGUAGCAUAUUUCAGGAAACCAUGAGUUUUUCAGUGCAUUUUGUCUUUACAUUUGUUUAUGACAUUGUCAUUAUUUUAUGUAAUUCUAAAAUUACUCUUCAUUAUCAAUGAUAUUAUAAUUAACAAUUAUAUUUAAAAAAACACUCCAAACCUAGUGUUAAGAUAUUUAUGUUCAUGUUGUUACAGUUUAUAUCAACUCAACUUCACUAAUUGUCUGUAUCCCUCAACUACAUGUAUACACUCUUCCAUAACCAAUGAAUAAAUGACUGUUAUGUAGCUAAUGAUUAUCCAGCCAGUGUGUUUAUCUAGUGCUUGUUAUGUUUUUGAUAGAAUGGUUUGCAAUAUGCUAGUGUAUGUGUAAAUAGAUAAAAGGUAUUGCAAGUGUGAAUGGUUGGGCAUAUUGUCCAGAAGUUUCAAAUUGGGCAACAAUGUUAAAUUUUUGCCAAGUGCUGUAACUCUGUUAAGCCUUGAAGGUAUGUUAGAACUUGAAGGCAACUAGAUUAAAUAAUUAUCAAAUUGGUUCAUUUUAUGUAACAUAAUUAUGCUAAUACUUUUUUAUAUUUUAAUGAUUCUUGCAACACUCACAAUUACUACUUUUAAGGCUUAACAGGGAAAACAACGCAUGGUAAGUAUUCUUAUUCAGGGGCCCUCACUCAUAAGAAAUGUCUUGGUUGAUUCAUGAUCUUCUUAAUGCAUAUAGGUGUGUAAUUAUAGAUUUUAUUGCAUGAUGUGCCAAGGUGGCACUUAAUGUCAAGAAAUGUAAUUUAACUUUGUAAUUUUAUUUAUCAAUCAUCACUUUGUUAUGCAUGUAGAAGUGCUGACAAUGACUUUAUUUUGUAGUUAUUUAUUGUUUGGACUAAGGGACCAUGCUGUAGUCAUCUGCUGUUGUCCUUCUCACCAGUCUGUUAGCCUUGCUGUGCAUUUGUGGCAUUAUUCAGACUUGUAUAUACAAGUAUAUAGAUUGUCAGAGAUAGAUAUUAGCAUUUUAAUAUUGGUAGCCCGUUUGGCAAUCAUAAUUAUUUCUUAAGUUGCCCAUCAAAAGAGGUAGGAGCCCAGAACCAAAUACCAUACAUGUCAUACGAGUCUAAUAAAAGAGAGGUAGGAGCCCAGAACCAAAUACCAUACAUGUCAUACGAGUCUAAUAAAAGUGAGGUAGGAGCCCAGAACCAAAUACCAUACAUGUCAUACGAGUCUAAUAAAAGUGAUGCUAUUUUGCUUGUACUAAAAUAAAAUCAGAUUUGAUUUCAAAAUUGCUGACAUGAGCAUUUUCUUUUCUAUCUUCAUGAUUAUUUUAUUAUUAACUGUAGCAAAGUGGUUGAUGUUUUAAAAAAGGAAUUUGCCCUGCCCGAUUAAUAACUUUUGAAAUAGACUUGUGCUGGCUGAAAUCCAGUUGCCCUGGACAAACAUGCAACCACUAGUUUCUAUCUCAGAUUAUAUAUAGGUAGUCAUUGUUUGCGGCUGGUUAUAAAUACAAAAUUACCUUAGGGUUCUCUAAAGAUUUGCAUUUGAUUGUGCUUUAUACUCAGUAAAGGUGCCAUACUAGAAAGUGGAUUUAAUAUAAAAGGAAGAUAUAUUUAAUAUAAAGUCAGUUGUUUUGAGUAAAUAUCCACCUACCUUUAAUAUAAUAUUUUUACCAGAAAUUGUUUGUAUAAGACCAACUAUGCAUUGGACUCUUCCUUUAGGUGAAAUAAUCAUUUUAAGUUGUUAUCGAUUUUAAUUUAAAUUCAUAUUAAAGUUUCAUUUUUGUUCUCAAGGUAAAUGAUUAAACAUAAUUAAAUUUGUUAGCAUUAUAAAAAGUGAUAUAGCACUGGCAUGUGUUAUUUAAUCAUGUUUUUUAAUUUAUUUUAAUUAUCUGGCCUUUUUUCCUUCCACUAGUUUCCUGUUUCUUGUUUUAAUUAAUCUUAUUGCUUGUUGGUCUCUGUGAUGCUUUGUGUUUUUUUCACAUCAGUUGAUGAAAUUAAUUAACCAUACAAAUACUAUUUUCAGACUAAGUAAUUUAUUUUCUAAAUUGAAAACUAUGUGGACAAUUAAUCAAGUGCUUUAGAAACAGACAGUUGUUAUUUUACUGACAUUGUGUAGCAGAAACUGAUCUCUAAAAUUUGGUUUCCAAGGAAACAUUGACUAUGAUACCUGAUAUACCUUGGUUUAACAGUUACAAUUUAAAUAUAUGGUGGGUCUCAACAGUUAGCGUUUGAAUCUGGUCUCCUGGUUCAGAUUAGGUGUGAUAUGAAUGGCAGAAAAAAUGCUUUUAUUACCUUACCUAGUAGAUAAAUUGAUUUAUCAUACUGCUGCAUUGAUAUCUGCCUGAUAUAACACUGCCUGAUAAAUUAUAUCAGUUUAACAGGAAGGUCUUCAGUCGAUGAUGGGAGGUAGGUCAUAUUACAUGGAAUCAUCUAUAAAGUAAUUAUAUUAAGUAAAAUAAAAUCAGAUUAAACAAAACAAACAAUAUGAUACCAAGAUGUAAUAUAUUUUAAACACAAAUUGCAACACAAACUGCAAAAAAACAAUUUUUACAAAUAUUAACCGCAAGUCAAACGACAAAAAUCAUAUUCUUACCCGCUAAAAUAUGCAGCUUUUUUUGGCCAUUUUUAUGCACCCGGAUCAAAAGAUCGGGGGUAUAUUGUUUUUGGCCUGCCUGUCAAUGUAUGUGUCCAUGUGUGUGUGUGUCCAAAACUUUAACCUUCUUCAUAACUUUUGCAAUAUUGAACGUAGCAACUUGAUAUUUGGCAUGCAUGUGUAUCUGAAGGAGCUGCACAUUUUGAGUGGUGAAAGGUCAAGGUCAUCCUUCAAGGUCAAAGGUAAAAAAAAAAUUCAAAGCGGCGCAUUAGGAGGCAUUGUGUUUCUGACAAACACAUCUCUUGUUUCAUUAUUUCCUUAAAAUUAAGGAUGUAGAGGUAUGAUAAACAGAAAAAUAGGAUACUGCGUGAUUUUUUUGUCUAAUAAAUCGGGCCCAGAACUGAAUAUAAUAACGUCUUGGCAAGCCUUGCAGUUAUAUUAUUCUAUGCUUUACCUGAUAUACUGGUAUUACAAAAAGAUCAGGCAGUAACCUGUUAUUCUCUAUUAAGUAUUUUAGGUGCAUAAGAAAUAAAGAUGGGUCUGGAAUUCUUGUUAUUUUGUCUAUGGCAUUUCACAUUCUUGCCUUUUCAUUUUAAUGUCAUAUUUUUUACUUGAAAUCUUUCAAGAAUUUUGUUACUGGAAAAAAGACUUCAAAGAUGUAUCUGUUUGGUGUAUUUGCACCAAUGCGGAUAGUUAAAUUGGAAGUGUAUACUUUCUGUUGUUACAUGAUAGAUAAUUACUGACAUCAUUGGUAGUCAAAUUAUCUCCCUUUGCAGACUAAGCCCAAGGUAGACACAAUUGUAAAUAGGUCCAACACGUUGAAAUACUCAGUGUUUAUUGUUGUAUCUCAUUGUGAUAUUGCAUGAUUUUCAUGUCUGUUUUCUCAUAUUUAUGUAAACUCCAACAUCAACCAACAAGAAAUAAUUUAGCUAUUGAUAUAUUUGAAAAGCAUUUCUCCAAAUGCACAAUAAAGCUGAACAUGUUGUACAUAUAUUUGAGAUAAAUGUGCAACGUGCAGUUUAUAAGGAACAAUGAUAAAAACCGAGUAAACCAACUAUAAAGACCUAUAUAUUUCUAUUGAAAAUUCAGGGGAAGUAACUAAGCAUUUCUAAAUGUGAAACAGUGCAAUGUGAUAAAAAAAGCAGAUAAAACAUGUUUGCAUCAUUGAAUAGCUAUUUUGGUGGCUUGUAAUUUGUUUUGGGUGCAUAGAAUAGUUAUAAAAUCUUUGUAAACUUUGUUGGCCUCUAAUCACAGCUGUUAAUGCUUGUGCCCAUAUUUUAGGCAGUGAAAUGUUUUUAGUUCCAUAGGCUGCUUAUUUAUCAAAGAUUGUAUGUGUCAUCUGUAUGCUGUCUUACUUUAGUUAUAUAACACUUUAAUACAUGUUUUUGUGUUCAGUAUUUGUGCUACAGUUGUCAGUUCUAAUGGCUCGUAUUUUACAUAAAAGCAUGUCUCACAUUUUCUACCUUCAGUGAAUUUCUUGAAAAAGUUUUAACAUGAACCGCUAGCACGCAUUUUAACUUAUGAUCACAAAUGUCAGUCGUAAAUUAAUUGCACAAUUUGAAAAAAAAUCUUGUUGUUGAUGCCAGAAAUAGAGAGACAAUUAUUGGAACUGUGCCCUUUGUGACCGAAUGUGAUCGUUUGAAGCGGAAUGUGUUUGUUUGAAGCGCAUGUAGAUGUUGUACAACAUGAUAAGGAUUGUUUUGAUAUCCUUUACCCAUAAUAUUUGGCAUUAGUGGUGUACAAAAAAACUUUUUUCGAACAUUCCAAAUGUUCUGAAGUAUGUGAUAGUUAUUUUUUGUGGCAUUUUGUUUUUACCAAUUUUGUAGAACGUACUGUAGAUUUCUUAAUUUCGUUUUCAGCUUGUAGGUUAUCUGGUUGGCGUUUUGUAUACUUGAGCAAUUUGUUGGUUUGUGUAGCAUGUAUUUUGAAAUUAAAAAUCAAAGCUGAGAAAGCAUAGAUUUAUAAUUUUGGCAACAGUGUUUAUCAACUUGUUGUCCAUAAGUUUUGAGAUUUAUGACUGACAUCAAGCAUUCCUUAAACAUUCAAUUCAACAAUUUUGAACUGAUGAUUGUGUAUAAGUUGUGUACAAUGUAACAUUUGUGUAGCACAAGUCAGACAGUUGGGCUUUGACGAUAUUCUUCGUAAAUAUUACAGGGCAUGAUUGAAAAACAUAUGUAAAUUAUGACAUAAAAAUUACUUUAAAUUUGCAUUUUUGUUCGUUUUGAAUUAAUUUUAAUCAGCUGUUUUUUCUCCAAUGCUGCAUGUAUCUAACUUACGCCCUUUUGGUCAACAAUUUUUGAAGUUCACUAAAUGUAAAGAUAUCGAAAAUAAUUGCUUACAAAAGAUAGGUUUAACCAUGCUUAUAAUGCAGACUUUCAGUGUUUUAUGUGAACUUGAGAGUCAUAUGAAGACAAAUUAUGAAUGUGCAAUUUUGUGUCAUAGUUUUGAACUGUUUGUUCUAAGUGCAUUAUUUUAUUUAGAAAUAUUUUCACUUUUGUUUUGCUUGUUAUAAAGUGUUUGUUUAUGGCCAUUCAAAUGGCCGCCUGUCUACAUGUGUGCUUUUAUUUUUUCUCAGUCUAUGCGAUAAAUAAUUUUAACACGCUACAUUGAACAAUGUUAUUAAUUAGUAACCCUGUGACCUUAACAAUCUGCUACUGUCUCUGAUGUAGCAUUUUGUUUUUAUCUACUUCGAUAUGUAAGCUACCUUACAUUAUAUAUAGGGAUUGGCAGUUAUAAAAAAUAUUACAAAUGUAUCCAAUAUGUGCUUGAAAAAGACAAAUACAUGUGACGACAAAAAACUUAAACAAGUUGUUAUGAAUUAUCUGUAGUUAACAACAUGUCUUUUGGAUUUUCUUCCUUUUGUACAUUUCAUGUGGUGUAGAGGGUUUUGCAUGCAUGUUCGCUCAAUCUUGUUUCCAUGACAACAGAUUGUGAUGCUAAAACUGUCUUAGCUGCAAUAAUCUUAACAGCUUUUGAUUAACUUUAUUGAAGCAAAACAGUUUUUAUGAUAGUAUGAGUUCUGUUAGUUAUUUGUUCAUUUAUUGUAUUGAAAUGAAAAAAUUGUUUAGAAACUUAUUGUAAAUGUUUGAUGCAGUAAAACGGAACAGAAAUAAGUCACAAACCAUGUUGUUCACAUGUAGUUAGCAUGCGGCUCAAAACAAGGAUGGUUUAUCUAACACUGAUUUAAUUAAUUAAUGGACUUUGGUAUUAUGUGCCUGUGCUAGUUAUGUUCGUAAUGUACACCAAUCAGAAAUAUUUUAUUGCCAGGAAUAUUUGGUGGUGUACUUGAAUAUUUUUUAUAUUUCAAUGAUAAAAUAAAUGAAAAAAAUCAAACUACAAGUGCAUUUGAUGGUGUAUUUUUUUAAUAAAAAAAAAAGCUUUUUUCACAUGUAUACAUUAACUGGUUGAUUGUGUAACGUAUGAUACUGUUUGCUUGCAUGAGUAGCGAUGCAGUCUUUGGAUAUUUGAUGAUAUUCUAUGAUGUAAACUGCCUGGCACUGUUAUGAGACUUGUUAGCGUAUAGUUUUCUGAAAGUGGGUUGAAUUUAUAGUCAAUCGCUGUUCAACAUGUCAUUGUAAAUUUCUGUCAAACUAUUGCAAUAAAUCAUUUUACAUUCUU